UCAAGCUUGCCCAACACCGGAUGAGGUCGAGGAAAUCAGAGGGCUAAUGCUCACGAAGAUGGUAGGGGAGUAGGAGUUGAAAGAUGAUGACGAUAAGGAGAACGAGGAGGCAGCAAUGGACAAGGAAGGCAAUGAGGAGCAGGAGGAGGAGGAGGAGGAGAACGAGGACCUGAGGGAUGAGGAGGAGGAAGAUGAGGGAGACUCGGACUGUGGGAUGAAGGAGGAGAAAAAGCCGGAUGGAGGAAAAGGAAGAGCAAGUGGAAAGAGAAAACGGAAGUCCUCACCGAAGAGCAAGCAAUUCGUCGACUCCUCUGAUGAAGAGGUUAGGUCGCCAAAGCGCAAAAACUUGGGAAGAAUUGUGUCCUCUGAGGAAGAAGAAGAGGUGUUGGAGAGAGAGAUGGAGGUGUCGGAAGAAACUCCAAAAAAGAAGACCAGGAGGGCUCUCUUCACCUCACCAAAAUACAUGGAAGACACCGCGGCCAAAGACUCGGCCAGGGCUGAGCGGUUGAAAGCGCUUAAGGAGUGGAGGAGGGACCCACCAGAGGGAGGCGUCUCUUCAGUAACAGAGGCCCAAGAGGCCACACGUGGACUAUAG